UUUGCGAAGUGCAAGUUGCAACGGAGAGCAGUGCGAUGGAGCCGGUGUCAGUGUACCACGGACCCAUCAGCAAAGAGACCGGAGAGAGGCUUCUGGGAGAGGCCGGGCGGGAUGGCAGCUAUUUGAUCCGAGACAGCGAAUCCAAACCCGGCGUUUACUGCCUGUGUGUGCUGUACCAGAGCUAUGUGUACACCUAUAGGCUGUAUAAGGCUGAAGAUGGAUCAUGGACUGCAGAGACCACCCCUGGUGUUGAAAAGCGCUUUUUCCGGAAAAUCAAGAACUUGAUUGCAACCUACCAGAAGCCAGGCCAGGGCAUCGCUGUGCCCCUCACGUAUCCCAUUAACGUGCAGAAAAAUCAAACCAUCAAAGACAGGAAGCAGGAUGGCACGAUUUACCUUGGGAAUCCCAUGUGAAAUGUUGAAUAUUAGGUGAGCCAAGGUGCAUUUACAGAAUAACGAUCCAUCAAUUUUAAAAAAUGCACAUUAUGAUUGAAUAUUGGCUUUUUUUGUUGUCGUUGAUGACUGACAUAAUAUAUUUGGCUAUAACAGAGCUCUGUGAGAAAUGUUAUAUCAUAAGAAUAUAUCAUAAGAACAUAUGUAUUUGUAUAUGUAUGUUAUAAAUCAUUGUAUGACAAAGUUGUCCAAAAUGUCUAAAAUGUCUUUUAUUAAGUGAAAAAGUUGUUUAAAAGGACCAAAAAAAAGGACUUGUUAAUUCACAUUCAAUAUUCAUGAAUAUUACACUAUAUUUCUUUUAGUUGUUUCAGGAAUCUGAGCUUACUUAAAGCAUGUGUCUUUUAAAUGUUUAUCCGCAAACUGUAAAUGCCUAUCUUAAAACAACUCCUUUCAGGUCAUUUUUAGAUGUUUUACCAGCUUCUGUAACAUCUUUGCAUCAUUUUGCUGCUGUGUGUCUCAUUAGAAAAAUUGAAUAAACCUUUGAUAUUAACACACUGA